UAUANCAAACCCUCCUCUGCUGCUCCUGUCGGCAAGAAAAUCGUCAUCAAGAGCGCUGAUAUGUUCGGAGACAUGCAGAAGGAGGCUGUCGACAUUUCCAUAGCCGCAUUUGAGAAGCAUUCCGUCGAGAAGGAUGUCGCCGAGCAGAUUAAGAAGGAGUUCGAUAAGCGGCAUGGUCCGACCUGGCAUUGCGUCAUCGGUCGUAAUUUUGGUUCCUAUGUGACACAUGAAACCAACCAUUUUGUUUACUUUUACCUGGAUCAAAAAGCAGUCUUACUCUUCAAAUCUGGUUGAUGAUUGUUUCUUCCCUUGGCAAACAUGCCACCAACUACCUUGGCAAGCCUGCAAUCACCAUGCUACGAUAAGUUCUUGUAUGUAUAAUCUAUGUAAAUCACUUGGUGUAGCAUUUUUCAAAUUAUAACUAAAUAUAUCACUGAGGGAGUAGAUUAAAUGGAAUUCAAUCUGCCAUUUACAUAAAUCUCUCAAAGGGUUUCCUUGUUGCUCUCAUUAAAACAGAAGGUUGCAGUACAAAAAGGGAGGAAAUGCUUGUUUUUAACGGGUUUUAGGUGGUUAAACUUUCAAUUACUGGCUCUGAAAUAAGCCUUGGAAGCCGAUGAUCUAUAGAAGAGUAAAUGCACCAUUUUGUACUAUUGCUAAAGAAAAGGAAGGACUUGAAUUAAAUGCUCUCAUAAAAUGAGAUUC